GGUGACCGACUGGCUUCAGAAUGAACUGAGUAUAAUUACACUUCCAGAGAUCACAGGGAGCAUCGAUAUUAUUUUCGGCUCCAUUCACUACUCCCUGCAUGAGAAAUCCAGUGGAAAUUACCCAACUAGAGACACUCAGCCUACAACAGGAAGAAAUAAUCAGUCUUUCAUGAACAACUGAUCUCUCUCCAAAACACUAACUUCAUCCUCAUGCAAGCCUUUCACGCCACACCCAGCACCAGGCCCAAACCAGUUGAAAUGGGGAUCCAUGAAAGGUUUGAUGGUACAGCAGAUUGCAGAUUGGUUACCUGAGACAGUGAGGCCUACCAUGAGGACAAAAUGUGUGUUCAUGAUGUCCCUGCUUUGGGACAGCAACCACCAGGUUCAUAGCUCCUACAAUUACUUUUCUAAUCUGAUUCAAAAGGUCUUCAAAUAUCCAGCAGGAGUUCAGCAUGUAUGAACUCAACUGCUGCAGUGAAGUUCAGCACUUUUGCUGCCCAGAGUGGCCAGAAUGAUGACACACUCCCAGACAUUUUCGAGAUGGUAUAAACCCAGCACUCCAGCCCAGCAGCAAUCAAUCUGGAUAAUCUAAUUAGGUCACAGCAUCAACCUCUCUGAACCAAAGCAGCUGGUUAAAAAUGAUUGCCAGAGACACAGCAAUUCUCAGGCUCUGGCUCUACUGUGGCCAGGCUGGUCAAUGAUGCUCCUCAUACCUAGAGAAACACCAACCCACCAAGGGAAACCUGAGUCCUUGUCUUCAAAGCAUUGCCUGCUUGACAGAUUUGCAAACUGCACAUAUUUCCUUGCAGCUCUAGUUGACUUGGGCUCCAUCAUCAACAUGAUCUCUAAACAGCUGGUUAAGGACCUCUAUCUGCCCAUCUUACCAUGCACCACCUCUCUGUGGCUCACCGCCAUGGACAGCCAACCUAUCAGCAUCAGCAUGACCAUUGUACGCUGCGAUUUGCCAGAGCCCUCUGUAUCCUUUUCAGAAGGAACAGGUAUGUCUCUCAAAUUGCAGGGACUCUCCCUCGCCAUUACUGGUCGCUGGAACACUGACUUUGGCUUCAUACAUGAUGGUGGUUGGUUCGAAAUGGCUGUUUAUACCAUCAAUCUCGACGCAUUGUUGGAGUUUCAGGACACUGAAGAGCACCUUUACAUUUCUACUGGCAUGUGUAUCGCCGAUGUAGCAGAUAUUCAGUUAAAUUUCCAUGGUGGUGCAAGUUUUCUCUUUCAGAAAUUUGUAGAAAGGUUCAGAGGACAAGUUAAAAAUUUGGUGCAACAACGGAUAUGUCCAGAAUUUCAGAAAGGAAUUGAAACUAUUGACAGGUCCCUGGCUGCAUCUGAUGUGAUUGAGUUUGAUUCUUAUGUAUAUUUGAAUCUUUCGCUGACUGAUUCGCCUGUUGUGUUUGACAGUGGAUUUGAAUUACAUUCAAAGGGUGAAUUUUACAGUGCUAAAUCUCCUUCUGAGCCACCAUUUUCUCCUCACUAUUUUAAGCUGCCAUGGCAAGCAGAUUACAUGUUGUCAGUGGGUAUGUCCGAUUUCUGCAUUAACUCAGCAACAUAUGCCUAUCUCAAAUCUGGAGUGCUGAGUAUCAACAUCACAGAUGGCAUGAUCCCCAAGUCCUCACCUAUUCACCUGAACACAAGCCAGUUUGGAUUCCUGAUUCCUAAGCUCCCCAAGUUGUAUCCAGACAUGGAGAUGGAAGUACUGCUGUAUGCCAGUGAUACCCCACUUAUUUCCUUUAAUCAAAACGUGAUCAAUGUGAACUUGUCUGCUGCAGGCAAAUUCAGUGCUAUCAAGACACCCACUCAUUUAAUCCCCCUCUUCAGACUGGAUAUGCAAUAUUCUUUUAAUGCUAAAGUCUGCAUCGACCAGCAGCUGCUGAAGGGUGUUUUGGAAAUGAAAAAUUUGACCAUGCUGCUUGGAUCGACAGAGAUUGGCGAAUUCGAAAUUGCACCAUUUGAGAAUUUGAUGAAGACUAUAAUGAGCAGCAUUGUACUUCCGAAGCUGAAUGCCCAGCUGAAGGAAGGCAUUCCUUUGCCGAAUGUGAAGGGUUUCAGCAUGAAUAACUCAGUGAUGACCAUUGAAAAUGGAUUUUUGUUUCUUGCUGCAGACAUCAAUAGUCCCUUCCAGUACCUGAAAUCAGGCAAACUGUAACAACUGGACAUAUUUGCAUAAUAAGAAAUAAUCACCAUCAUGACGAUAAAUAUUUGUGAGUCUGCCAUUACUGUUGCAGACAGAUUUCAUUAAUCAUUUGUAAAAUAAAAAUACACUGUCAAGUAACCAUUUCCAAACCAGUUUGCUGUAUUGUAUUGUUGAUUCUAGAACAGAUAUUAUCUGAUUAUCUUAUCCAUCAAAUCAGCCUGUUUAUUCUUCAGUGUAUUUUUUUUAUGUCUAUGGACUGUUCAAACACAAGCCAUAAAUUGUUCUAUUAGUUUUCAA